AUGCAAUCUGUCCACUACUCUUCGGCGGAGAUUGCACGUCCGCCCCCGUUCACAAGUAGUCACUUUCCCGAGUGGGCCACCGACGGGACCAGCCUGACAGUGCUUGACCAACGAGACGGAUUCUGCGCUAGUCACGCGUUGUAUUCCAAUAACAUAGUACAGCAGCCGCUCACCACCAUCCGCAAAUACCUCGACUUCCACCGCAACACGCCCGCACAUCAGCCACCCAUCACCACCACCACCACCUCCUCCUCCUCCUCCUCCGCCAUGGACACCACCACACCCGCAUCGCCGCCAGAGCGCUCCAUCUCGCCCGAGCCCUGGGCAACGCCCUCGCUGGCCCUCGGUGCCAUUCCCCAGCUCGAUCGCUCCGUCUCCACAGCCUCCUCCGUCUCCUCCGUCUCUGGUCGCUCGGCGAGCUCGAGGCUGUCGGACGGCGGCAGGAGACGCGGAUACAUGAGGCCAGAGGGCACCAAGUUCUCCGACUCGGCCAUGCACAGAGAGAGCGUGCAAAAUCUGGGCACCAUUGCGCAUUUGCAGUACUACUUUGCCCGGACUGGCCUGUUGGAUACGGCGACGGGACGGGUCGCCAAGUCGCGCAAGAACGGUACGAGGUCAGCGAGUGGGACGGAGCCCGUGUCUCCAGGACUCGAGGCCGACUUCUCGACUGUCUCGCUCGCCUCUCCAGACGGCACCAUGGAACCUCACUUGGGCGAGGGCUUCGUCGAGUCACCGAUUGACGAAUCUACGCCCAUGCCUUGGGACGACAACGAGCCCAUGAUGCUCCCACCUACCGUCAGCACAUACAAGAAUAAUCCCAUUUACGUGCCCCCGCCGCCAGACAUGACGGUUCUGCGUCGUGAAUUGCGCGAAUCGCUUGCCGAGGCCACAAAGCAUUUGGACGAAUUAAAAAAGGGCUUUGCCAGCGCAUCACCACCGACCCAAGUCCGAACCAACAGCGAUGGCACCACCGACGUUCCUGAUGCGCAGGGCUGGCAUGAGAUUCAAGGUCUGAACCUGCUCGACGUCACCACACUAGCCAUUCGCGCCGCAAAGAACUACUACACUGCACACGAGGCCCCGCAACGGCUCUACGCCAUCAAGUCGGAGCGGACGAUUCGCAAGGAGCUCUACGAAUGCCUGGAAGUCCUGAAACGCCUAGCCAUCCGGAAUUUUGCCGCAGGCGUACAACCGUACGAAGUCACGCAAAUCGACCAAUGGGUACGCGACAUCAACACACUGCUCGACACGGAAGAGGAGAGGGAGAGAAUAGAGGAAGCGGAACAGGAGAGCUUGGCGUGGCGUCAGGGUGAUUGGACGGGUAGAGAGCGGGAGCGCGAGUUGCUGUUCCUUCGAUCGUUUGACAGCAGCCCGGAUACGCUGCCUGAAUGGACGCCGGCCAAGGAAGACGGCACGCCUACGCCUUUUCUCGCCGCGGUACAGACUGGACUGCGGUUAGUCCACCUCCACAACGCCCUCGUGCGCAAGUCGAGACGACAAUUCGAGGAGAUCAAAAACUACCACACCGACACUGCGAAGCCAUACCGUUGCGCGGACAACCUUCGAUACUGGAUCAAGGCCGCCGACUUGCGCUGGGACAUCAAGCUGGAUGUGGAUGUCAUGGGCGUGGUGCACGGUGACGACGCGACGGCCUGGCAAAAGUUUGACGCCGCGCUCUUGAAGUGGUGUUUGGGUGUGCGCGAGGAAAUCACGUUGGAGUGGCACAAGCAGAAGAACCAGACGCGGACGCCAACGCUGCAAAUCGAUGCCAACUAG